AUGUCUUCUCAUGAUGUCUAUUAAAGAAAAGAUUAUCUAAAUAGAAAAUCAACGAUAAUUAUACCAAAGAAAUCGCGAUUUGAUAAGAAAUGCGAAGUUUUGUAGAAGCACUUAGAAAUAUAUAAAACAUUUAUAAAAACAUUGUUAGGAUUUGAGUUAGAGGAAGAUGAAGACCUCAAUUAUAAUUGCAUACUCAUGAACUUCAAGAAGGAACUCAAAGAAGCUAUGGAAAUAUUCCCUGACUGCGUGAUAAGUUUAAUAAACCCAGACUUUAAAUAACAGAAUGAGAAUCAAAAUUAAUAUUUGGUUAAUACAAGCAUUGAAUUGUUUGAAUUACUAUAAUCAGGAUUGAGAAUAAAUUAGAAAUCAUUAGAGGAUCUAUUAUUAUUGAAAGCUAUUGAGUCAAUCUAUUUUAAUUUGCCUGUAUAUGAUCAUUAUUAUCACAAAAAAAAGGAAUCCACGGCUAUUUUUACUGAAGAUAAUCAAGAAUAAAGAAAGUUAAGGGAUAAAGAAAACCAAAAACAAAUUUUAUUAGCAGACAAAUCAGACAUUAGGUAUAAUCAAAUUGACAAAAAUGAAAUAAUUAAAAACUACGUAUCUUAAUUAGAAAAAUAGUUUCAUAAUUUCCUUUAAUAAGAUAUACAUGCAAACAUAAUGGAUUGUUUAACUUUAAAUUUUAAGGAAUUGAAACAGACACCAUUAAGAAGAUGGAAAGGAGGUCAAUUUUUGGAGAAUCAAAAUGAUUUGUGGCUUAGAUCAAGUUCUCCUACUCAAGAUGUCUCUACUUUGAUUAGAAAUGCCUUGAUUAUUAAACUGAAUAAAGUAGGGUUUAAUGUUCAAUCAUUUAUAUCUGAAGAUGGCCAAAAGUUCUUUGUGAUGCUUAAUAUGCAAGAUUCAAACCUUAAAAUAGUUGCUGAUUAAGGCCAUGUAUUAAAAUAAUUGAAUUUUUGGUUUACAGAUUUGUUUUCCUUAGAGCCAGUCGACAAAUCGUUUAGACCAUUAAGAAUUAACAAUAGACUGUGGAAGCCUUAGGAUUACGAGGUUUCAGAUUUGUUCUUGUAUUUAAAGCCAUAAAUGAUUAAAUUAAUUUAACAAAUAAAUUUUAAAAGAAUAGCUAGAGAAACAAAUCAAAGUUCAAUUAAUUCAUAAUUAUUUGAAUAUGGAAAAUUGGAUUUUAGUGAGAAAGACGAUGGUCCAACUGAUGAAGAAUGGAUCGCCUAUCAUAAAUAUUUGACUCACUUAGAAAAAUGUAUUAGACAAUUUAGAUAGAGUUAGUUGAUAGAUAAUGAAUUAGCUGCUUUACUAAAUAAAUAAAUAACUCCUCUGUAAAUUUAUCAGAAACGAAAUUAAUCCAAUAAAGAAAUUCAAAAUUUGAAUUACUAAAAUUUGCAUGAGCCUAGAUAUUAUGAGCAUCUGGAAAUUAUUAAUCAAAUUGAGAAAUAAGCAGAAAGAGUUAUGGAUGAAUUUUCUAAUUUUUAAUUUUCAUUACAAAUUCCCAAAGUAAAGGCACUAAAAUUAUUGAAAAAAGAAUCAGUUUCUUUGAAUUAUCUCUACUCAUUUUAAGAGGCUCUUAGAGUUGCAAAUGGGGAGUAAAUUAAAUUAUAUAACUUAUGGGAAAGAUCAGAAAUGCCACCAUUUGAUAUGUAUCAUCCUUAUCAAAUGCCUAACAAAUAAAAUACAAAAACAUAAUAAGCAAAAUAAGAAUUAAGCUGGACGAAAUAUGUUAAGAAUGAGAACAAUGAGAUAUCACUAUUUUCAUCUUAAGAGAGAUUAAAAUUAGUUUAUCAAAAAGUGUUCCAAGAAAUAGAUCUCAGUAUAAUGCAUUAAUUAGGUAUCAUUAGAUAGAUAUUCUGUCUAAAUGAUAAUUAUGAAUUAUUUGGAUAAUGUAGUAACAUAUAGGCUUAGAUAACUUUGGACACAAGAUUUUUUAAGAAGAAGUCAUUCUAAUUGAUAGAUGAAUGGAAACUUGAUUAUUUGAGACCUUGGAUUAGUCCUUGUGAUUUAAUUUGUGGAUAUUACGGAGAAAAGAUUGGUCUCUAUUUUUACUUCAUGAGCUAUUUUACUGAAAUGACUACUCCCAUUGCUAUAUCAGGUCUUGCAUGUAGUUUGAUCUAAUGGAUAAUCUGGGAUAAUGAAAGUGACUUUUAUAUUUUGAUUACUAUGAUAUUUGCCUUUGUUUAAAUAUAAUGGAGUAAUGUCUUUACAGAUUUAUGGAAAUAAAAACAAAUCUUUUUUAAUUUAAAAUAUGGUUAAAAUAACUAAGAUUAAUAAUAAGUUUAAAGAUCGAAAUUUAAAGGCAAACACAUAAGAUCUUUAGUUAAUGACUAAUUAAACUCUAUUGAAGUAUUAUUUGGUGAGUAUUUGAAAAGAACCUUGAUUAGCUCUAUGUUACUGUUUAUUUUUAUAUUAUUUUAUAUCGGUAUCAUAGUCUCCUUAUUCGUAUUUACAGUCUAUUUGCACAACAAAUACUCAGAGGAACUUAAAUAGAUGGAUGUUGCUACAAUAGAAGUCACAUCUGCUGCAGCUAUGAAUUUCAUAGCUUAAUAGCUUUUUGAUAUUAUCUUUGAUAAAAUUUCUAGUUAAUUAACCGAAUAUGAGAAUUACAAAACAGUUGAUGCAUAUGAAACAAGCUUUGUAUUAAAAAAAUUUAUUUUUUAAUUUUUCUCUUAUAUUGCUCCACUUUUAUUUUUAGAUUACUUGAAUAGACCAUUAAAUUUGUAUUGUUCAAUAACAAAUUGUGAAAGACAUGUUAAGUAUUACUUUUCAACAAUAGUUAUUUUGAUUUUGUUUAAGUAAAUUGUGAAAUUUGGUAUUUUUUUAUUUAAAUUAACAAAAAUUAAAAUAAAAUGUUAUGAUUACAAUGAAAAUGAAAUAAUGGAUUUUGUUGAAGAGUAAUCAUCAAGAUAACCUUACUCUGAAGAUUUCGAGAGAUAUGGCACAAUGCAGGAUUAUAUGGAAUUAUUUGUACUGAUAUCUUUUUUAAGUAUUUUUGGAUAUACAUUUCCAUUUAGCUUUUUCAUUUUAUGGAUUUCAAAUAUAAUGUAAAUAUAAGUUAAGAAAAACACAUUCCUUUAUUAUAUACAAAGACCAUGGCCUAAAAAUGAAUUUUCUUUAGGAAUCUGGAAUAAUUUUCUAGAAGUUAUCAGUUUACUUUGUCUGUUAACAAAUACUGGUGUUAUUACAAUUUAAUAUAAUAAAAAAUAUGGCUACGAAAUUAUUUUAGUAUUUUUGUCUAUUUUAAUAUUUAAUUGCUUUGGGAAAUUCUUUAUUGGUGUAAUAUUUGGAUAAAUACCCGACGCUUUGAGUGAUUUAAUGAAGAGACAUAAAUAUUUGAUAAAAGCAACUAUUCAAAAUAAAAUUAAAGAAGGAAAAUCUUAAGAAAAUAAAGAUGCUUUAAAAAGAUUUCCUAUUUUGAAGGUUUAUGGCACAUUAAACUCUGCUGAAUCAGGAAAAUUUGAAACAAUAAGUUCCGAUGAUGAAUUACAUGAUCAUUAUGAAAUCCCAGAAGUCAAAGAAAAAGUAAACCUUAUUAAAGUGGAAUUAUAUACAAAAAACUUAGAUAAAUAGUAUUUAGGAGAAUUUUAAUUUACUAAAAUUCUUGAGUAUUUUAGUUAAAGGGAAUAAAAUUGGGCUUUCAGAUGUGUAUUUAAGGAUUAAACAGAAAAAUAAAAGCUAAGGUUACUAUUAAAAAUUUAUUCAUUAUUAUACAAAGCAUAAGUCUUAACAAAAUAUAGAUAACUUUGGACUGAUGUGAGAGUAUCUCAAAGAUUCAUUCACAUGAGAAGGAAGAUAAUUUAAUUAAGAAAUUUAGAUUAUAGAAGAUAUUUGAUAUACUCCUCAAAACUCAAUUAAAUGAAAACUUAUUAUGAUGAAAAAGCUCAGCAAAAAUUUAGAAAGGAUUUUCAAUUAAUUGGAUAAGCGAAGGAUGAAAAUGGAGAUGAAAAUAUAGAAUAUACAAAUUUAGUUAAGAAAUAACAGAAAUAUGUUGAGAAACAUGCUUGGUUAAAUACAAGAAAAGUGGUUAUGUUUAAACUAAAAGCAUUGACUUUUAAAGGAUUUAGAAAGCAAGUCAUCAAGAAACCAUCUUUAUAAUUAAUUUAAGAGUUUUAUAAAAUUACUUAAAUUAUCGAAGAUCUUGAACCAGAAAAUCCUCUGUAACCAUAAUUAGAUUCUUAAAUUGAUUAUUCCACGCUAGAUAAAACACAAUUCAUCGAUUUUAUUGAGAUUUUCAAUCAUAUAGAAUUAAAAUAAAAAGUUUAAUGGUUUUUACCUCUCAGUUCUAAAAGAAAUAAUUCAUCAAAUUAUUAUGUUGAGGAAAUGAAAUCAGCUGAAUAUAAAAAUAUAGUUGAUUAAUGCAAGGAUUCUUCUAUUUUUUAGAAAACUACAAUUUUUCUUGAAGACAUAAUACUCUAAUAUUUCUAAAUAGAGUAAUUUCCUAUUCCAUAAAUCUAAUUCAUCAAGUAUAUGCAUGACAAUAUCUGGAUAGUCAAACUUGGUUAAUCAGAUGUAAUUUCCUUGUUGCAGUUCUUCUAAAUAAAACAUGGAGAAUAGAUUCAUCUACAAAAGUAUACCGAUAAUCACGAAGGUAUAUUAUAUACUGAAAGCAAGACCUAUUAUAGAAUGGUCAAUCUUGUUGAUCAGAUAGAUGACUUUUAUAUUAAGGGUUACUGUAUUUGUAUUUAUAAUGCUUUCGAACCUAGAAGUUUCUUGCAAGUAUUAAAAUAUCGAAAAACUUAUGGAAUACCUUAUUCCGAGGCAGAAAUAAAAUAAUUUCUCCAUGCUGCCUUAAAUCUAUUGAAAGUUGCUGAUUUUAAAAGCUUGUCUAGUAGAAAUAUUUUCUUAAUCAGAGGAGAGUAUCAUAUUUUAAAUUCAAUGACGAAAAACCAUUCUUUUUUUGAAUUGGGGAAAAUUGUUUUAUCAAUGAUAUAUUUAGAGGAGAUAGAUGACAUAAAACCAUAUUUUGAAAAGUUGUAACAUCCUUUGAAAUGGCUGAUUAAUGAAUUAUUAUUUUUAGAAGAUAAUCUUCAAAAACUUUAAGAUUUUAUUCAAAAGUAAUACUGCUUUACUGAUAUUAAAUUUGAAAUUGAACAACAAUAGAAGCAACAGUAAACCUAAGGAUUAAAUUACUAAGCAUUUACAUGGUCAAUGCUUCACAAAGUAAAUUUAAAUUAUAGAAUGAAAUAAUUUAAUGAUACUUUGCAUUUAACUUAAGAAUUUGAAGAUUAUAUAAGGAAAGAGGUUUUUGAAAUUCACGCUAACACAUUUUCUUAUUUUUGUAUCCACUUAAUAGAAGAUUUAAAUUCAUAUUUGUUAUCAUCACAUUCCCUCAAAAGAAAUCUUGACUUGAUAUUAAUAUAUUACUAUUAGAUAGCAACAAAGCUUCAAUUAAAAUAUGAUGUAUCUAAGUAAUUGAAUUAUAUUAUCGAAAAUCUAAAAUAGCUAUCAUUUGAAUUAAAAAUCAUUAUAAAGUAACUGACUUCAAAUAUCAAUGUUGCGAAUUUAAAUCAAACAGAAUAAUGUAUAAUUCUUAAAACAAUAUAGGGUGAUACAGAUCAAUUUUCAUAAUUAUUAUCUAAGUCAAGAUAAUCGUUGCUUUAAUAAUUAAGAAAAAAUCUAAAUCUUAUAGACAAUAUAUUGGUGUUUGAAUAACAAGUAAAUCGAUUUUUAAAUUAAUUCUAUGCACUAUUUACUUUGUAAUAAUAUUUUUUAGAGCACUAUGAAUUUGCAAAAUUAACAAUUUCUACAGUAAUUGAAACCUAACAAAAAAUAAUGCAUAAAUAAAAGUUACCUGAAAUUUUAAGUGAAGCCUAAGAGUUAAGUCCAAGUCAAUUUAACUUUGAUUAAUUAAGUCCUGGAAUGGAAAGGGAAGAAUAAGAAAUAAUUCAGGAGGAUAUAUGGGUUUUUAGCAUACAUUAAGAAAUAAAAUAAAAUCCUUUAUAUGCUAUCUAGUAUAUAUAUUAUCUCUACUUACAAGUAAUUAUACUACACGAUUGUAAAAAUGAGUUAUUUAUCAUAAAAUAAUAAGAGUUUAUUGAUUACAACUUUAAAGAUAUUCCAUCAUACACUUAUUUUCAGUAAUUGAUUUCAUCCUUAAAAAUUGAUUUUGAAAUUAAUUCAAAAAAUGAACAAUUUUAUUAGGAAGAAUCUAAAUGUGAACUUGGAUAGUACAAUGUUUUAUGGAUUAAAGCAAAAAUCGAAAAUAAAUAAUAUGAAUAAUCAUAACUUGAAGAAUCUACUAAUUUAGAGUUUAAUUGGAGACAAAUAUUUUCAUAUAAUAAUUUAAAAUGUAGUGCUAAAAACAAAAGAGUUCUGCUUUAUAUCUUGAAUCAACCUUCAACUAAUGAGUAAAUGAAAAUUCUAUUGAAUAUCAGAGUCAUUCAUUUCCUUCUAAAAUUGUGUGACUAUUGUCCCACUAAUCAGAAGUUAAGAAUAAAUAUCUUGAACAAAGAAUAAUUAGGGGAACAAAAUUUAGAAAACUAAUCAAAAAUCUUAUAAUUACAAUCAUUACACAAGCAAUAUGCUUAAGGAGUAAGGAUAGAUUAUUUUUCUAACUAAAAUAAUGAAAGCUCAUCAUGGUUAUUUCAUUAGGGGCUUUUACCUUUAAGAAUCUUUAUCUAUUAGUCUUAUUGUUACACCUUUUCUAAAAGACACUUUGAAAAUAUUACUACUUAUAUCAAUUACAAGGAGGAUAUAUUCACUUAAAUAUCACAAUUAAUGAUUUAAGGAGACUCAAUCUUCUAUAAAGCAAAGAAUUAUUAGAUUCUUCAAAUACCUAUUGACAAUAUGCUAAUUAAUAUUCAGUCUGAUUAUUUUAGCUAUCAUUAAUAUUUUUUGACUCAAACUAGAAUAAUGUUACAAUAAAAAAAGAAACUAAUGGAUAUUUAUAAAAGUUUUGAGCAAUACAUGAACGAAAUGUUUAAAAACUCCGUAUUCAUUUUGGGGUUAAUAUAGAUAUACUACGAAUUCGAAGAAAUAGAUAUGGCGAAUUUAAUGAUUUCUUUUACUAAAAAAUUAAUAGAAAAUAAUGCUAUUAUUUUAAAUGAUUAACAUGAAGGAUUUUUAAAAGAUUUACAUAUAGUAGAAGCUGUUAUCAAAUAAAAAGGCUAAUAGUUGAUUAAAAGUCCAUAUAAUAGACUCUACCAUAGAAAUGACUUCAUAGAUUAUUUUGAUGAUGAAACCUUGAAUGCAAGAUAUUUUCUUUUUAAUCUACCUUAUUACUUUAAUAUCAAAUUUUCGCAAUCUAUUAUGGAUGACUUCUUAGUUGUUAACUUUUUAAAGCUGUCUCCAACUUUGUAAUAAAUAUUUAAAACUGCUCAUUGCUCAGUCAAAGCAGAAUGUGGAGAUGAAGAAAUCUUAACCUAAUUAAAGAUAGUAUCAGAAUAUAAAUUUAUUGAAGGAUGUUUAACAUGGGCCUUUCAUAAUCAUUUCAUGUGUAGAUACUAUUUAUACAUGAUAGAUAUGGAAAAGGCAUAUGAUUAUUCAAUUUUAUUGUUGUCUUAUUUAUUUUAACUUGAUCUUCAGCAAGGUUUUUAUAUAAAGGAGAAUAAAAUUGGAUAUAAAUAUCAAUAUACAUGUGUUCAGUCAGAAAAGAAUAUUAUCAAAAAAAUAUGCCAGCCUAAACCGAUUCUAAUUACAGAGUCAAUUGAAGAUGAUCUAUUUGAUAAUGUAAUUGAUGAAUUCUUUAUUAUGGAAUGCAUAAUAAAUCAUCUAGAAAUUCUAUCAAAAAGCAAAUUUUAAAUUCCAUCUCUAAGUAUUUUACUCUAAUUUCAACUGAAAUUAUAAAUUCAAAGACAUAAAAUCUAAUUCUGGAAUGUUCUUGCUCAUUUUUUACAAAGAAUAGCAAAAGAGAAUUUAAUUCCUGAUAUAUUAUCACAGCUUCAGGAAGUCAAAAAAGAGCGACUUCAGGAACUAAAGGAGAUUAAGAAAUAAAUUAAAAAGAAAAGAAAUGCAAAAAUUUUACUAAGAGAAAUUACUUAAUAGGAAUUUGAUGAAUUUGAUUAUCAAAAUAAUCUAAUUACAUUUUAGUUUAACAUCUACAAAUUAGAUGAAAAUUCAAACGAUAAAUUAUUUAUACUGUUCUCUUGUUAAGCUGCCGAUAGAGCCUUAACAGGAUAUUCAAAUUAAUGUAGAGAUAAAACAAAAACAAAUAAAUUUCAAAUGAGUUAGUUGAAACUAUUGUUAGUGUAGAACUAUAUAUGGUUGAAUCAAAUUGGAAAUGCUACAACAACAUUAAGUGAUGUUGAGGAUUUAAUGGUAGAAUGGUUUGGUAAGAUCAAGCAUCCAUUAAAGGGCCUCUAUUUUUAUAAUUUUGGAUUAAUUAAGAUUUCGUUUUAUCAACAAAUCCUUAAGACAUUGGAAAUAUUUAUUGAGGCAAAUGCAUUCAAUUUAAUGGAGAUGAGAUUAAUAAUUUAAGGAUUGACAGUUAUGAAACCUUUAUUAUGGAGACAUAUAGAUAUGUUCAAUGCAGGCUAAAUAUAAAGUUUGAUUCCUUUUUUUAAAAACUACAUGUUGGAAGUUGGAGAUGAAUCCAUUUUCGACUGUCCAAAAACGCAUUAUUCAGUGAAUGAUGCUGUAAUAAUUUUAGAUGGAGUUUUGUAAAGUAAUAUGGCAUAUGAUUUAUCAGGAAUAACAGAAUUUAUUGAUGCUGAAAACUGUUUUAAAUUGUUCGAGACAGAUAAUUUCCUAACCAAAGAGAUAUCAAAUUUGAUCUUCAAAAUUUAGAAUGAGAAAUUGAAAAAAUAGGGAACUUGA